UCUCAUAUAAAAUUAUUAAAUUAUUAAAAAUAAUUCAUUAUUUAAGUGCAAGACUUGUAAGUCGUCAGACAAUUAGCAACUUAUAAAUAUAUUUUUGCUAUAUUUUGCAUUUGUACUUAAGGUUUGAUAACUUUAAGUUUACAGUGCUUUUUCUAAUCUGUUUUUCUAGUAUUUUAUGAAUUAUAAUUACCAACAAUUGUCAGUGAAAUCAACGUUUUGAUUAAAUAGUGGCUAAAAAGACAAUCAAUGGCACCGAAUACCGACAAAACUGAACACCCGAACCGACCCUUCAAACAGAGAAAACCUUUGACGACGAGAAGGGAAGAGGUUUCUGGAAUAAGAGCUAAAUUUCCCACUAAAAUACCGGUAAUCGUCGAGAAGUACAGCAAAGAGAAAAGUCUUCCGGUUUUGGACAAAACAAAGUUUUUGGUUCCGCAGGAAUUACCGAUGGCUACCUUUGUAACCAUAAUCAGAAAUCGGAUGCAAUUGUCAUCGACUCAAGCGUUUUAUUUGAUUAUAAGCAACAAAAGUAUGGUUAAUAUGACUAAAACGAUGGCUGAGGUGUACAAAGAGAACAGAGAUGAGGACGGAUUCCUAUACGUGACGUACGCUUCGCAGGAAAUGUUUGGCUCUUCACAUGUCAGCUCAUUGUCGUAGUUCCGCAAUGAUUACCAAUUGAUUAUUAUAGUUCAUCUAUAAUGUAAUCUUGUAUUUAUAAUUGUAUAUAAACUCAACUCUUUAUACUUAUGUUUCCGAAAAACAUUAAUCAAAAUAUUUAAUUCAAUAAUUCAUUUUAUUUUAGUAUUUUUUAAAGCAUUAACACUACGAAUGUAUUUAAAUAAAAAGAUUGUAUGAAACUCAACAAAA